CCACACCCGUGGUCGGUCCGGGCGAUGAACCCGGAGCGCCCACCCCGCCGGGAGAAGGCAGGGGCGGCCUGGCCGCGCUGCCUCUUUAAGAUCGCGUUUGUUCUACCGAUGAGACUGGUGAACAGCUCCAUGGAACCUUCUCACCUUCGGAUCGAGUAUUCUCAAUGCCCCAGCCCAGGAAGAGCUGUCUCAAUACUUCUAGCACUUCAGCACUGGAAGACUUUCCUCAGAAUGAUGAUGAAAAGGAGCGAAUGCAGCGGAGGCGCUCCAGGGUCUUUGACCUGCAGUUCAGCACAGAAACGAGUCAUUUGCUAUCCUCCCCUUCCAACAGGAAUGUUGAUGCUUCAACUACCAUAUCCAAGUUUACAAACACACAGAUUACAGAACAUUACUCAACCUGCAUCAAACUAUCCACUGAAAAUAAAAUCACUACCAAGAAUGCUUUUGGCUUGCACUUGAUUGAUUUUAUGUCAGAGAUUCUUAAAGAGAAGGACACAGAACCAACCAACUUUAAAGUGGCUGCUGGUACUUUGGAUGCCAGCACCAAGAUCUAUGCUGUGCGUGUGGAUGCCGUCCAUGCUGAUGUAUACAGGGUCCUUGGGGGACUGGGCAAAGAUGCACCUUCUCAAGAAGAGGAGAGCCAUGGUGCAGAUGAAAUUACAGCUGAAACGGGAACAACCAAAAAGGCUGCAAAGCCAAAGAAGAAGCAGUCAUACAAAACCAUCGAGCAGAAUCUAAGCAACAUCAACGUCUCUGAAACAGAUCACAAGUGUGAGGUGGAUCCCAUGUUUCAGAAGACAGCAGCCUCUUUUGAUGAGUGCAGCACCACAGGAGUGUUUCUCUCCACCCUCCACUGCCAGGACUACAGAUGUGAGCUGCUUUUUCCUUCUGACAUGCAGAUCCUCUCCAGUGGAGAGCCUCUCGAGUUGCCAGAUUUAGGUUGGGUAGAAAUGUCAGAUUUAAAAGUGCCCUUGCAGCAGUGUGUGGAAGAUCGCCAGCUCUGCCCGUCCCUGGCUGGGUUCCAGUUUACUAAAUGGGACAGUGAAACACAUAAUGAGUCUGUGUCAGCCCUGGUGGACAAGUUUAAGAAGAACGAUCAGGUCUUUGACAUCAAUGCUGACGUUGAGAACGUUGACAGUAGAGACUUCCCUGAUGAUCCCCUGGAGGAUGACUUUGAUGCCAGUGAUGAACCAGACCCUUCUGCAGCUGGGGACCAUGAAGCAUUCCAGAUCUGGAAGGAGCCCUGCCAGGUUCAAAGCUCCCAGGAGGAAAUUAUUUCCCUCGGGGAUGGAGACAUUCAGACUAUGUGUCCCCUUCUAUCCAUGAAACCUGGAGAAUAUUCCUAUUUCAGUCCCAGAACCAUGAACAUGUGGGCUGGUCCAGAUCACUGGCGCUUCAGGCCACGACACAAACAAGAUACUGCCUCUCAACUGGAGAACAAAAAGAAGAGUACAAAGAAAGACUUUGAAAUUGACUUUGAUGAUGAUAUUGAUUUUGAUAAAUAUUUUCAGAAAACAAAGGUUACUACCACUUUGUCCAAGAUCACUUUGGAGAACCAGAACUGGAAAGCUACCACUCUUCCUACAGAUUUCUACUAUGAUGUUGAUACACUUAUCCAACUUCAUCUCAAACCAGGAAAAAGGUUACUUAAGAUAAGCAAGGAUCAGAAGGCGAAGACUGAGCACUAUGAAGAAAUUGGAGACUAUGAUUACAACAACCCUAAUGACACAUCCAACUUUUGCCCUGGACUACAGGCUGCUGACAGUGAUUACGAAGAGUCAGACUUAUUUGGAGGACCAGCUGGAACCUUUGACCUCACAUCUGAUCCCUGCCGUACACCGAAGACAGCACAGGAGAAUGAUGAUGCUCAUGAAAGUCAAGGUGUGGAUAUCAUGACAUAUGGGGAGUCAAACCUGGUGGCUGAGCCCCAGAAGGUGAAUAAAAUUGAAAUUCAUUAUGCCAAGACUGCCAAAAAGAUGGACAUGAAGAAGUUGAAGCAAACCAUGUGGAGAUUAUUGUCAGAGAUCCCCAGCAAGGAGACUGGCACUGAGGUGGACCACAGUGAAAAUGGAAAAGAAGGGUCCCCUGUGGAGGUAACUGAAAAUAAGAUGCUCAGUGUGCUCGCAAAGGACCUGCAGAAAAGCCUGCCCGUGACCAUGGCUCAAAACCUCUCUAUACCCCUGGCUUUUGCCUGUCUCCUGCAUUUAUGCAAUGAAAAGAAUCUGAAGCUGGAAGGCAUAGAGGAUCUUUCUGAUGUUCUUGUGAGGCAAGAAGACUGAAUCUACUGUGAGAAGUCAUCAGCAGGACGUCCAUCAGUCCAUCACUUGCUAGCCACCAAGGACAACUCUACUGCAGGUGGAGGAAGAUGCAGGGAGCUUGUAGCACAGCUGUAGUGAACUGCCACACUGCCUGACUGUCUAUUGCUCUUCACUUCUCACCAUCACAUUCUGGAUGUCCCACUCUGAAGCUCCAUGCUGGACUGGUUAAGGUUUCUGCACUGGUAACCACCCAGGAGAGCCAGAAGGAGAAGGAGCUUACAGCUCCGGACUGUGAAAACCCAGUUAUUUUUUUUUUUUCCAGCUAUUCUUUAUAUCCAUGUGUAAUUUGAGUCACUAGAUCAACCUGUUAUUUUCUACUACUCUUGUAGAGUAGGUACUUACAGAGCUCCCUAAUCCAUGUACAUAAAAUACAUCAUAUGUAAA